UUAUACAUUUCCUCUUCAAGAAAAAAAUAUAUCUUCUUUUUCUCCAUUUUCUCUCUUUUGCUUUACUCAUUGAUCUUCUCCGUCGUAGUACCACCACUACGCCACCAUGGUUCUGUCCAAGAUAGCGUCGGAAAGUGACAUGUCCAUUCACUCGACUUUCGCGUCUCGAUAUGUUCGAACUUCUCUUCCAAGGUUUAAGAUGCCAGAAAAUUCAAUACCAAAGGAAGCAGCCUAUCAAAUAAUAAAUGAUGAACUUAUGUUAGAUGGAAAUCCAAGGUUGAAUUUAGCUUCAUUUGUGACAACAUGGAUGGAACCAGAAUGUGACAAAUUGAUGAUGGAUUCCAUUAACAAAAAUUAUGUUGACAUGGAUGAAUAUCCUGUCACCACUGAGCUUCAGAAUCGAUGUGUAAACAUGAUAGCACACUUAUUUAAUGCACCACUUGAAGAUAAAGAAACUGCAGUUGGAGUUGGAACAGUUGGAUCUUCAGAAGCCAUUAUGCUUGCUGGAUUGGCCUUUAAGAGAAAAUGGCAAAACAAAAUGAAAGCCCAAGGAAAGCCCUAUGAUAAGCCCAACAUUGUUACUGGUGCCAAUGUCCAGGUGUGUUGGGAAAAAUUUGCAAGGUAUUUUGAAGUUGAGCUAAAGGAAGUGAAGUUGACUGAUGGAUACUAUGUGAUGAAUCCUGAGAAAGCUGUGGAAAUGGUGGAUGAGAACACAAUUUGUGUAGCUGCUAUUUUGGGUUCAACUCUUAAUGGAGAAUUUGAAGAUGUAAAGAAAUUGAAUGACCUCUUGAUUGAGAAGAACAAAGAAACAGGGUGGGACACUCCAAUUCAUGUGGAUGCAGCUAGUGGUGGAUUUAUUGCACCAUUUAUUUAUCCAGAGCUUGAAUGGGACUUUAGAUUGCCAUUAGUGAAAAGUAUUAAUGUGAGUGGUCACAAAUAUGGUCUUGUUUAUGCUGGUAUUGGUUGGGUCAUUUGGAGGAACAAAGAUGACUUGCCUGAUGAACUUAUUUUCCACAUUAAUUAUCUUGGUGCUGAUCAACCUACUUUCACUCUCAAUUUCUCUAAAGGAUCUAGUCAAGUAAUUGCUCAAUAUUACCAACUUAUUCGCUUGGGUCAUGAGGGUUACAAGAAUGUAAUGGAGAAUUGUCAAGAAAAUGCAAGGGUACUAAGAGAAGGACUCGAAAAGACAGGAAGAUUUGACAUAGUCUCCAAAGAAGUUGGAGUUCCCUUAGUUGCAUUUUCUCUUAAAGACAAUAGCAAACAUGAUGAGUUUGAAAUUUCUGAAACUUUAAGGAGAUUUGGAUGGAUUGUUCCAGCAUACACUAUGCCACCAGAUGCUCAACACAUCACAGUUCUUAGAGUUGUUAUCAGAGAAGAUUUCUCUAGAACACUUGCGGAACGACUGGUUAUGGACAUUGCUAAAGUCCUCCACGAGCUCGACAUGCUUCCAGCACGUGUCAAAGCUAAGCUCGCCAUGGCCGAGGAGGCGGCCGCGGCGAACGGUAGCGACAGUGCAUCGCAUCAUAAAACGGAUAGAGAAUGGGAGUUAGAGGUUACUGAAGCAUGGAAGAAGUUUGUUGCUAAUAAAAAGAAAAAGACUAAGGGAGUUUGUUAAUUAAUUCAUAAAUAUUGUUUAUGAUAUGAUGAAUUAAUUAUGAGUUUAUGACUUAAGUAUUUAAUAAUGAGCUCUUUUAAUCGACAAUGUAAAAUUGGACCAUUAUUAAAGACAAUUUUCUUGUGUACUUGUAAUAUGAUUUCCUUGUAACAACUUAUAUUUUAUCAUGUAUUUUAAUUAAUUUAUAUUAUGUGUGUUUAAUUUGAA